UGUGUUUUAACAAUCGGCCCAAAACAUUUGCUGUGUUAUCAUUGGAAUAUGUAAACAAAGUUUAGGCCUAUACAUUUACAAAUCAUAUAGAGUGUGUUCUAUUUCAAUACAUUUUUUUUAAUGCUCAGUGGACCGUGAAAACUUUUACAAACAUUUUUACAAUCAAGUGAAAUGGAUUCGAAUGAUUUCUCUGAACAACGAGUUUUGUUUCUAGUAUUUUUCUCUUAAACUCAUCACGUGACGUCUGGAAGAUGAUCUUCUUUAUUCAUAAAUUUAUCUACGAACGAUAACUCAUGAUAUUACUUUUUGGAGUGUUUUAAUGCUCACUGGAUCCUAAAACAUACGUGUUACUGUUAGAGUUAUCUCGCUUUGUCUAUAUACUUAACUCUUUGUUUUCAAUGGAUAUUAAAAGAUAUAAUUUCUUGUGGAUUGUAGUCUGUAUGUUACACCAGUGUCAAGCUGGAGAGUCCGAAACUUCUGCCCGACAAUUACAACAGUUGAAAGCUGUUGGAGCCUGCACUAGUGCACCGUGUCUGAAUGCUGGAAGCUGCUCAGUUCAUGCCCAAAGCUCAUCGUAUACAUGUCAGUGUCUUCCUGGAUUCACCGGACAAAACUGUGAACUUGGUAUUGACGAGUGCGCCAGCUCCCCCUGCCUCAAUGGAGCGUGUGUUGACAACAUUGGAUCCUUCCGGUGUAUGUGUUUCCCUGGCUACAAGGGACGUUUGUGUGAAAUCGAGAUUGACCUGUGCGCUAGCUCCCCGUGUCACAAUGACGGCAGGUGUGUGCAGACAGGACCAGGGAACAUCCAGUGUGAGUGUAGACCUGGUUACAGGGGGUCAAGGUGUGAGAUGGAUAUAGACGAGUGCCUUUCCCUCAGCCCUUGUCAGCACGGAGGUUCCUGCACUCAGGGCCCCCCUGGAACCUACACUUGUGCUUGUCGAGAAGGUUACACAGGAAUUGAUUGUGAAAAAGCUGUCCAUAUUUGCGACUCGAAUCCUUGUCUCAAUGGAGGCCAGUGCACACCUGAUGAGACUGUGGCCAGGUUUCAUUGCCAAUGUAGGCCAGGAUAUCAAGGAGCCACUUGCAGUCAGGUAGCUGACGCCUGCGUCAAUAAUCCCUGUAGGCAAGGAACCUGUCGAACAAUCGAGCCGGGAACGUUCGUGUGCGAUGACUGUGACGUUCCGGGCUGUCAAGGCGUUGGGGACCCCUGUGCCUCUCGGCCUUGUCAGAAUAACGGGACCUGUGUCCCCGACAGUCAAGGAUCAUUUUCCUGCGUAUGCCUUGAACAUUUCACGGGCUUAUACUGCGAGGCUGGACAACAGUCUUGUGGCAUGGUCGUCUGCUACAACGGGGGUACUUGCAAGAUAAACUCUGAUGGAAGCAAUAAAUGCAAGUGUACAGAAGGUUUCAGUGGUGACCGCUGUGAUGUGUCUACAGACCCGUGUUUAUCACAACCGUGCCACAAUAACGGGACGUGUGAGGUGUCCAGGUCCACUCAAGGUUUUCAUUGUCAAUGUUUACCUCAAUAUUCAGGCUUGUCUUGCCAGUUUGUCAAUUUAACUAGUAACUCAACCAAUGAAAUUUCUAGAAAUGGAUUGAUCAUCUUUAGUGGGCGUCUGAAUCCAACGGUACUCUUCAGCAUCUUGGGGAUCCUCUUGGCUCUUGGGACAAUCAUUGGGGUGUCCGGAAUCAUCCUAAGAAAGAGACACAUACACAGACCUCAAGAUUUCUGCUUCUCUCUCCCGUCAUCUUUCUACCAACAAUUUCCCCCAGCAGGAAGCAGUGCCAGCUCUGGAAGGUUUCAAAAUGGCAGUAUACUGGACUAUGAUGAAUUUUUACAUACUCCAUCAGCAUUCCGUUAUUAAUGUCUGGAUUUCUAUUCUGCCAUUUUAUCAUGUUACUAUCAUUGUUUGUUUGUUGUUGUUUGUGAAACUUGAAAGAUUAUUGUUGAAUAGCAAACAGUGGGGUGUGUGGCUGAGAAGCAAAUCUUGCCUAGCUACCUAUCAAGGGAGUUCAGAGUUUAAAUCCUGACUCGAGCAGAGUUGUAUUUGCUGAGCGCCUAAGGGCAGCUCAGAAAACCUUCUCCCAGAGACCACCUCACCACACUUGUCCACAAAAGAGAUAGGACCAAAAUGAACUAAACAUGCUUGUAGCAUGAGAAAUUAACAGUACAAUCUCAUUUUAUUUUGUAGAUCUAAAAAGAACAUAUAUAAUUUGGCCUAGAAUAUCAAUCAUUUAGAUUCUAUACUUUAUGAAUGUAGUUUACACUCUAUUAUUAUAUUUUUUUUAUAAACCUUGUAUCAACUCACUCGUGUACAAAAUUUUGAACACGUUAUUUAACUAGUAACUCAACCAAUGAAAGUUGAAAACUUGCAUAAAUAUAGUAUUAUUCAUCGUUCCAAACAAACAUGAAUCAAUAAAAAAAAAAAAAUAAACAACUGAAAUAAUUAAAUAGUAGUAAUUAAUUAAUUUUCUUUGAUAUUUAAAAGGGAAAUAAAUAUUUUAGCAUUGAGAUAUAUUGCUGUAAAUGUGGAGCUCCUCUUAUAAGAUAAGUUUUUUUUUGCUAUCAAAUUCUAUUAGAAAAAAACUUUAAAUAUUUAAUAAGCUCAGGAUGCCACCAUCUUCAUGUGUACACAGUGUGCCAUGAUUGUCACCACACAAAAUGCUUUGUCUGUAAGUGUAAAGAUUUAGAUUUUAUAAAUUAGAUGUAAUACUUAUCUAUUAUGGUAUACAAUUUGUAGUUAGAUUGAACAUGAAUUUACCUCAUAUGAAUUUACCUCAUUCUGAGUUGGUUUAAACUUUUUAUUACUAAUGUGGUCUUGGUAUUUCUAUGCAAGUUACAUUUUUUUUUAAAUGAACACCAGAGUUGAGAGUUAAAAAUAUUUUAUCCUAAAACAUCAUCUUUGUGAUUUAUACCUUUAUGCAAAGUGUCGACGUAUUAUUAUUGUUGGAGUUUAAAAGAUCUUUUUUUUCCCUCCUAGGACCACCACCAAUAGCUCUUCACUCAAACAAAUGCAUUUUUUUUUAUUGUCAUAAUAGAACCCUCAAGUCUGGAUCAAGUGUUGUAAGCAAAAAAUCCUGAAAAAUUUCAUCAAAAUAAUAGAACCUUAGAUGCAUAAUUCAAUGUGUGGCAAACUGCAUUUACAAUCUUUUUUGUUAGUUAUCUAUUCACACGUUUAAUGAAGUCAUCCUGUACUCUUCAGUUUUUCAACCCACUUCAGAGGGGCUUGUAUAUGUCAUGCACAAAAUGUGUGUUCAUUUUUCACACAGUUUUUGUUGGGUACACAUUUUUCUUUACAAAUAUUGUAAUUAGUUGACUUUUUUUUUUCCAAUAAUAAUAGCAACAGAUGUUCAUUUUUAAUGUAUUUAUUUCUUGUAUUGUGUAUGUAGAUUUAUAAGAAUGUACUAUUGUUAGAUUAGGGUAUUUGUAUUAAAAAGGAAUUACCAAAAACAACACCUGAGUUCAUGAAGAUUUAUGGGAUCAAGACUA